CUCUUCCCUGAACAGCGUUUUGCGUUUUUCACUUCAGCUUCUCCCCUAAAACCUCUCAAUGGGUUCUCUGUACAGAGCUUCAAAAACCCUAAAAAAGUCAACAAGAUAUAUACCUCUAUUAUCUUCAACACUUAAAAUAAUCACCCCAUUUAAUGAUGAGUUAUUGAAUCGGCAUCAUUACUUUGGUUCAGGCCACAGUUUCUGUUCUCAUUCCCGGCACAGUAAGGAAAGUGCUGCUAUAGAUUUGAGUCAAUAUCCAACUGAAAAGAUUAGAAAUUUCUCAAUUAUAGCACACGUUGACCAUGGAAAAUCUACGUUAGCUGAUCGGCUUUUGGAGCUCACGGGCACCAUCAAGAGAGGCCAUGGUCAGCCUCAGUACCUCGACAAAUUACAGGUAGAGAGAGAAAGGGGAAUUACUGUUAAAGCUCAAACAGCAACUAUGUUCUACAGCCAGAAGUUCUGUGACACUGGCACUGCUGAUGCCGGCAAACAAUCAAGUUUUCUACUAAAUCUAAUUGAUACUCCUGGUCAUGUGGAUUUCAGCUAUGAAGUGUCAAGGUCUCUGGCAGCUUGCCAGGGUGCCCUUUUAGUUGUUGAUGCAGCCCAAGGUGUGCAGGCGCAAACUGUUGCAAACUUCUAUCUUGCUUUUGAAUCAAACUUGACAAUAAUACCUGUAAUUAACAAAAUUGACCAGCCAACUGCUGAUCCUGAUCGAGUCAAAGCUCAGCUAAAAUCAAUGUUUGAUCUUGAGCCUAGCGAUGCUCUUUUGACAUCUGCUAAAACAGGACAGGGACUUGAGCAAGUCCUUCCUGCUGUCAUAGAACGGAUACCUCCCCCUCCUGGAAGCAGUAAUUCAGCAUUGCGCAUGCUUUUGUUGGAUUCCUAUUAUGAUGAAUACAAAGGUGUAAUCUGCCACAUUGCAGUAGUUGAUGGUGCACUGCAGAAAGGUGAUAAGAUUUCAUCUGCAGCAACUGGCCAAUCUUAUGAUGUGCUCGAUGUUGGGAUAAUGCAUCCUGAACUUACUCCUACUGGAGUCCUUCUAACUGGACAAGUGGGAUAUGUUGUAACUGGCAUGCGCUCGACAAAAGAGGCACGAGUUGGAGAUACACUGUUUCACACUCGAACCACUGUACAGCCCCUUCCAGGUUUCAAGCCAGCAAAGCAUAUGGUUUUCUCUGGUCUAUAUCCUGCGGAUGGGUCAGAUUUUGAUGCCCUUAACCAUGCUAUAGAGAGACUAACAUGCAAUGAUGCUAGUGUUUCUGUUACCAAGGAGAGUAGCACAGCACUUGGACUGGGAUUUAGGUGUGGCUUUUUAGGCUUACUUCACAUGGAUGUUUUUCAUCAGAGACUGGAACAGGAGUAUGGAGCUCAUGUAAUUUCAACUGUUCCAACCGUUCCAUACAUAUUUGAGUUUUCUGACGGAAGCAAAGCUGAAGUUCAGAAUCCUGCGAUGUUGCCCUCAAAUCCUAAACAGAGGGUUACAGCUUGUUGGGAACCCACAGUGAUAGCAACAAUCAUUAUUCCUAGUGAGUAUGUUGGACCUGUUAUCACUCUUUGCUCUGAGCGGAGAGGCCAGCAGUUGGAGUACUCAUUCAUUGAUAGUCAGCGAGCAUUUAUGAAGUACCGGCUACCAUUGAGGGAAAUUGUUGUUGACUUUUACAAUGAAUUGAAGAGUAUAACAUCUGGCUAUGCCUCUUUUGAUUAUGAGGAUUCAGAAUACCAACAAUCUGAUUUGGUGAAACUUGAUAUCCUCUUGAAUGGACAACCGGUUGAUGCCAUGGCAACAAUUGUUCAUAAUUUGAAGGCACAACGCAUUGGACGUGAACUGGUGGAGAAGCUGAAGAAAUUCAUAGACAGGCAAAUGUUUGAGAUAAUCAUACAAGCUGCAAUCGGAUCAAAAGUUAUUGCAAGAGAGACAAUCUCGGCAAUGAGAAAGAAUGUUCUUGCAAAGUGCUAUGGUGGAGAUGUUACUCGGAAGAAGAAGCUUCUAGAGAAACAAAAAGAAGGAAAAAAGCGAAUGAAGCGUGUUGGUUCUGUCGAUAUACCUCAGGAGGCUUUCCAUCAACUACUGAAGGUUUCAUAACGGUAGAUGACUCAGAGGGCGUGGCCUUUUAAGCAUGGGUGCUGUACUCUUAACAGUUCCCUCCCAAUGUGGGGGCAACCAAUUUCAAUUUUCUGCUGUUGUUCAGCAACUCAAUGUUGUACGGAUACCCUAAAAAAAAUUAUAUUUUUGUAAUUGUUGCUUGGUCAUAGUGAUUAGUGAAGAAAUUAACUGAAAAUCA